UUGACCUAGAAGCCCAUUUUUUUCCCUUCUGAUUUUAAUAGAAAUUAAAACAUUUUCAUGAAUCCCUAAAAGUAUCAGGCCUAGUCACUGUGCCAAAUAGAUAAGUCAGCCCUAGCUGUAGGGCACAGGGAGAGGGGAUGUUGGUUAAGAGGGUGCAGACGCCCAGCUCCUGCACUAGGAAGGUUCUGUAAUGGGUAGGGAGUGGGUAAGUAAGGAGAAGGGGACUAAAGAAGGAGAAGUAGGCUCUGUUUGGAAUAAAGGUGGUAGAGAAAUGCCCUUGGGCACCCUGGGAAAUUGGGGAGUAGGUGUCAUAACUGUCUUGACUGCCCAGAGCCUUCCUUACUUAUCUCCAGCAAGGACUUUGGAGCCUGGCAGAUCUGAGCUUGAAUCCCAGCACUCACUCUUCUAAUGCCGAUGGGGUCCAUAGUUCCUGUAACAUCGUGGAUUCUGCGUCAGUGUGGGUUCUGCUUCUGAUUGCCUGGGUUUGAAUGAAACCUGGCUUUGCUAUUUACUGGCUGUUAGACAUGAGGCAAGCUGAAAAAGAUCGGAGGCGGGGGCUUUGGUGAGAUCUAUGAGGCCAUGGACCUGCUGACCAGGGAGAACGUGGCCCUCAAGGUGGAGUCAGCCCAGCAGCCCAAGCAGGUCCUCAAGAUGGAGGUGGCUGUGCUCAAAAAGCUGCAAGGGAAGGACCACGUGUGCAGGUUCAUCGGCUGUGGCAGGAAUGAGAAGUUUAACUACGUAGUGAUGCAGCUCCAGGGCCGCAACCUGGCUGACCUGCGCCGCAGCCAGCCGCGAGGCACCUUCACUCUGAGCACCACGCUGCGGCUGGGCAAGCAGAUCCUGGAGUCCAUCGAGGCCAUCCACUCUGUGGGCUUCCUACACCGCGACAUCAAGCCGUCAAACUUUGCCAUGGGCAGGCUGCCCUCCACCUACAGAAAGUGCUACAUGCUGGACUUCGGGCUGGCCCGGCAGUACACCAACACCACGGGGGACGUUCGGCCUCCUCGGAAUGUGGCCGGGUUUCGAGGGACCGUUCGCUAUGCCUCAGUCAAUGCCCACAAGAACCGGGAGAUGGGCCGCCACGAUGACCUGUGGUCCCUCUUCUACAUGCUGGUGGAGUUUGCAGUGGGCCAGCUGCCCUGGAGGAAGAUCAAGGACAAGGAGCAGGUGGGGAUGAUCAAGGAGAAGUAUGAGCACCGGAUGCUGCUGAAGCACAUGCCCUCGGAGUUCCACCUCUUCCUGGACCACAUCGCCAGCCUCGACUACUUCACCAAGCCCGAUUACCAGUUGAUCAUGUCGGUGUUUGAGAACAGCAUGAAGGAGCGGGGCAUCGCAGAGAAUGAGGCCUUUGACUGGGAGAAGGCAGGCACUGAUGCCCUCCUGUCCACGAGCACCUCCACCCCACCCCAGCAGAACACCCGGCAAACGGCAGCCAUGUUUGGGGUGGUCAACGUGACGCCCGUGCCUGGGGACCUGCUCCGGGAGAACACCGAGGAUGUGCUGCAGGGCGAGCACCUGAGUGACCAGGAGAACGCACCCCCAAUUCUGCCUGGGAGGCCCUCUGAGGGGCUGGGCCCCAGCGCCCACCUUGUCCCCCACCCCGGGGGUCCUGAGGCGGAAGUCUGGGAGGAGACAGAUGUCAACCGAAACAAACUCCGGAUCAACAUCGGCAAAACCCCCUGCGUGGAGGAGGAGCAGAGCCGAGGUGUGGGGGCCCCCAGCUCCCCAGUGCGUGCCCCCCCAGAGUCCCCCACCACCCCAGUCCGCUCUCUGCGCUACCGGAGGGUCAACAGCCCCGAGUCCGAGCGGCUCUCCACGGCGGACGGGCGCGUGGAGCUGCACGACAGGAGGUCACGGAUGGAUCUGCCCGGCUCACCCUCGCGCCAGGCCUGCUCCUCGCAGCCAGCCCAGAUGCUGUCAGUGGACACAGGCCACGCCGACCGGCAGGCCAGCGGCCGCAUGGACGUGUCAGCCUCUGUGGAGCAGGAGGCCCUGAGCAACGCCUUCCGCUCGGUGCCGCUGGCUGAGGAGGAGGACUUCGACAGCAAGGAGUGGGUCAUCAUUGACAAGGAGACCGAGCUCAAGGACUUCCCUCCGGGGGCUGAGCCCAGCACGUCGGGCACCACGGACGAGGAGCCAGAGGAGCUGCGGCCACUGCCGGAGGAGGGCGAGGAGCGGCGGCGGCCAGGGACGGAGCCGGCCGUGCGGCCCCGGGGGCGCAGCAUGCAGACGCUGGCGGAGGAGGACAUGCGGCUCAUGCCGCCCCAGCUCCCGCCACCCCAGCUGAGCCAGGCCGACGGCCGUUCAGAGACGUCACAACCCCCCACGCCUGGCAGCCCUUCCCACUCACCCCUGCACUCGGGACCCCGCCCUCGACGGAGAGAGUCGGAUCCCACGGGCCCGCAGAGACAGGUGUUCUCCGUGGCGCCCCCGUUUGAGAUGAAUGGCCUCCCACGAGUUGUGCCUCUGAGCCUGCCCUACCAUGACUUCAAGAGAGACCUCUCCGAGUACCGAGAACGGGCACGGUUUAUCAACAGGGUCCGGAGGGUGGGCUUCUCACACAUGCUGAUCGCCACCCCCAUCUCGCUGGAUCCUGUUGAACCUCAAGCUAAUGGGAAAGAGGAAGAGGAGGAGGAGGAGGAGGACGAGGAAGACGAGGAAGAGGAAGAAGAGGAAGACGAGGAAGACGAGGAAGAGGAGGAGGAGGAAGAGGAGGAGGAGGAAGAGGAGGAGGAGGAGGAGGAGGAAGCCGCCGCAGUGGCCCUGGGGGAGGUGCUGGGGCCACACAGUGGCUCUAGCAGUGAGGGCAGCGAGAGGAGCACCGACCGGAGCCAGGAGGGCGCCCCGUCCACACUGCUGGCUGAUGACCAGAAGGAGUCCAGGGGCCGGGCCUCCAUGGCAGAUGGGGACCUGGAGCCUGAGGAGGGCUCCAAAACGCUGGUGCUCGUCUCCCCUGGCGACAUGAAGAAGUCGCCUGUCACUGCCGAACUGGCCCCCGACCCCGACCUGGGCACCCUGGCUGCCCUCACUCCUCAGCACGAGCGGCCCCAGCCCAUGGGCAGCCAGCUGGACGUAUCUGAGCCAGGCACCCUGUCCUCCGUCCUCAAGUCUGAGCCCAAGCCCCCAGGGCCUGGGGCAGGGCCGGGUGCUGGGGCAGUGACCACAGGGGCAGGGGGCAUGGCAGUCACCUCCUCACCCUUCACCAAAGUCGAGAGGACCUUUGUGCACAUUGCAGAGAAAACCCACCUCAAUGUCAUGUCUUCCGGCGGACAAGCCUCUCGGUCUGAGGAGUUCAGCCCUGCGGGCGAGCUGGGUCUGGAGGUGCCCUCUGAUGGGGGCGCUGAGGAGGGGGCCCUGGUGCCCCUGGAGAAUGGCAUCACCCUGUCAGGGCUGGAUGGGGCCCAGAUGGAGAACUGUGCCCUGUCUGGGCCCCCCAGGGAAACCCCCUCAGAGGUGGCCACAGACUCACUGCCUAAUGGCCCAGCCCUGGCUGACAGGCCGGCCCCAGCAUCCCCACUGGAGCCAGGCCCUGAGAAAGUGGCCACCAUCUCCCCCAGCCGCCAUGCCAUGCCAGGCCCUCGCCCCAGGAGCCGUAUCCCUGUCCUGCUGUCCGAGGAAGACACCGGCUCGGAGCCCUCGGGCUCACUGUCGGCCAAAGAGCGGUGGAGCAAGAGGAUCCGGCCACAGCAGGACCUGGCACGGCUGGUGAUGGAGAAGAGGCAGGGCCGCCUGCUGCUGCGGCUGGCCUCAGGGGCCUCCUCCUCCUCCAGCGAGGAGCAGCGCCGCGCCUCAGAGACGCUCUCAGGCACGGGCUCCGAGGAGGACACGCCUGCCUCCGAGCCCACGGCCGCCUUGCCCAGGAAGGCUGGGCGGGUGGCUGCCACCCGGAGCCGGAUCCCCCGCCCCAUCAGCAUCCGCGUGCCCACGCCUGCUGCCGCCCAGCAGCCCCCCAGCAGACCCCACGGUGCGGCCCCGGCAUCUGACACAGCCAUCACCAGCAGGCUCCAGCUGCAGAAGCCCCCAGGGCAGGCCGUUGCUGCUGACCUCCGCCCCAAACAACCUCCGGGCCAGGGCCCAGGACGAGCCCAAGCCGGCUCCAGGGCCCCCGCCCCCCGCAGUCCGGGCCUCCCAGCCUCUGCCGCGCGCCAUCCCAGCGCGUCCCCGCGAAGCCAGUCCCUGUCCCGCAAAGAGAGCCCCUCGCCCUCGCACCAGGCCCGGCCGGGCGCCGCCCCACCCCGGGGCGUCUCGCAGGCCCGGGCCCAGCCUGACGGCACCCCCUCCCCGGGAGGCCCCAAGAAAGGACCCAGAGGGAAACUCCAGGCUCAGCGCGCAGCAACCAAAGGCCGGGCUGGGGGCGCAGAGAGCCGGGCGGGGGCCAGAUAAUGACGCCUGCGGCUCUCUGCGGCCCCCUACCCUCACCCUGGUCCCCCACCCGCAGCCGGCCACACUGGAACAGCUCCCAGCACAGCCUUACGCGCCCGCGCGCGCCACCCGCGGCCCCAGCUUCCCGCCUGCACCCGCGAGGACGCGCGGGCACACGCCGCAACCUGCCAGCCUGCCGGGCGGUGGGGGACACGGCGCCGUGCCGCGGGGGAGGGUCCGCCUUCCCCUCCUCUCCCCGUCUCCUCCCCUCCCCCGCUCUCCUUCGGGAGAGGCGGGCUCACACCGGUCCCCCGGCCCAGGAGAAGGCUCAGCCACUCUUCACCGAGGACUCCACUUCUGGGGACACUCCAUUCACCCACCAGGCCUUGGCUGCUCUCCACGCUCCCCCUCUGCUUACACCUCCUUCAGCACCUAGCCCUCCUCCCAGCCUUUUUCCAGCGCCCCCCCCCUCCUUUCAGAGAAGCAGCCUCAAUUUCCAGAAGUGAGGGCCAACCCCAUAGUCUCCUGGGAGUGCUGGUGGUGGGGGUGGUGGUGGUGGUGGAGGAGGAGGAGGAGGAGGAAGGCCUCUGGAUUGCCCAUCAGUCUACUCAGGUGUGAGGGGGCAGGUCUGACCUGUCCCAAAGUCGGCUCCAUCCUGGACAACCCAGUGGGAGGCAGUGGCAGAUGAUUCUUGGGGGCAGUGUGCUCCCCUGCACCACCGGGGUGCAGAGCCCCUGGGCCUCAGUGGGAACCACGAGAGGUCUGUGGGCCGCCUUCCUGGCAAAUGUUUCCCAGUGGGAGGUUGGGGCUUUAAAAAAAGUUUUGCCCCUUCCCCUGGUCCCCUGAUCUAGUGCUCAGGACCCCUCACCAUCAGGAAUUCCUUCCUGUCAUCUAACCUCAGUCCUGCCUGCUGCAGUUUCGGCCAGCUUCCCUCUCUCCUGAGUUCAGUGCAGGUGGAGGGUAGCUGGGUAUCAUCUCUGCGCUGGCCCUUUGGAGAUUCAGGGACUCAGUUCAGGCUGUGUUACCCUCCGUGUCCUCCCAGCUAUGGGGAGUGGGCUGGCUCGGGCAUCAUCUCCCCCAGCGGGCAGAGAGCUUGGAGACAGGUGGCCCUACAAACAGCUGGGCCCUGGAGGCAGAAAGGCCCUUCUAACUUCCCUGACUGUGUGCUUGUGUGAUGGGUCCCCAGCUCAGGCCCACUCCUCCCUCAGCUCCCCCCAGGCUGUGCUCUCCUGCUCCAGCCCCAGCCCAAGCAGCCGCCCUGCUCCCUGAGUGGAUGAGGGGCCUCCUGCUGGGUUCUGGCUCCUGCAUAGCUCACCCACCUCAUCAUGAGCCUCAACUGCCUACAUCGGGGCAAGCAGCACACCAGCUGCAGCAGAGACAACUAACCUUGCCUAUUUGGGACGCCCCCCCCCAUAGGCCUCCUCCAUCCUCAGCACCCUCGGUCUCUGCUCCCUGGCCUGGACCCUCUGUCCUUCCCUGAGCCACAGAGAGCAAGCCAAGACAUCCAGGGGAAGAGGAAGGAAGGCCUCAGUGUGCCCCAGCGGUCUGGUUGCAUCCAGGCACCGUCAUUCAGAAGGAUGCCCACAAAGAAGCUGACCCCAGGAGCAGCCUGGUGGUGCCAGCUGAACCCUUCGUGGAGAGUCAGCAGGCUCGGGCAGCUGCUUCCAUGCCAAGGUGGCAGCUUCCCUGUAGACCAGCCCAGGGGAGGACUCCAGGGUGGACAGCCUUCAAGGUCCACCCCAUGCUGAUGCAGAAGCUCCCAGAACACUCAGGAAACCUCUCUGGACAGAGCCCUCCUUGUCAACCUGAGUCCCUCCCAAGGCUCUCUGCUGCCAUCUGGGUCCAGCAGAGGGGGUGGAGGAGGGGCCACUGCCUCCCACCUAGAGCUUCUCCGAAUGACAAUCAGCUUGUGCCAGGUGGGGACCAGGGCAUGAGCCCUGGUGCCCAGCCCCUGGGCCUGCUCCGAACCAUGAAUGUAGGGCCCCCAGCCUCACUUCUGCUCCAGGACCAACAACACCCUGGUUUGGAGCUGGGAAGAAGGGGGUGCCUGAGAGAGCCCCAGGUCCAUACCAUCCCCAGUUUCACCCAGCACUGGAGCUGGCAGAGAUGCAAAAUCCAGUCUGCCCUUGGGAUUCCAGACCUCCCUAGGGCUCCCAACUGACCUCAGGCCUCUGAGUCAUUGAAUGUCACCAGGCGACAGGGGCGGGGGAGGGGGUGAAGAGGGCCAGUGGAGAGAGGGGCAGCAAUGGGACUGGCUCUGCUCCUCUCCCCAGGAAGGAUCCAGGGCAGAGGAAACCACAUCGCUCAGUGCCCCCACGCCCAGCUGCAGCCUCUUCUCCCUUGAGUAUCCAUCCCUCCACCAGGCCCCCCUGGUCCUGAGCACCUCCUCUGUAAAAGAGUGUCACACCACUGCUGUAGCCUGCCUCCCCCCAGCCUUUCCCAUCACGACAACCUAUGUUACUGGCUCAGAUGCGGGGUCUGCUCACCCCAGAACACGCCUUCCCUCCCCAGCUGCACCAUGCACGAAGGGGGCACACGAGUGGGGCCAUGCCCCAGUCCCAUGGGCUCCCCCUUCCCUGCUCCUUGCAGGGGCUGGGAUAGGCUUGCUCAGUCUUCUCAGCUCCAGGGACCAGCCCUGGUGGGCAUGGGGUGGGGAGCAGGGAGUUGCCUUCCCCAUCCCUCGGGAAGCCACCUAAGAAUGUUUACACGCCAAACAGAAUGUAACACCCACGCCACCCCUACCCAGUCACUGCAUGGCCUCUGUCCAUCCUGCGCCUGUCCACCCCACCCCAACGGAAGCUGCCGUCAUGAUUAGAUUGGGUCUCAGAAGGGAAGUAGCCAUCACACCAUUAAAAAGCCUGUGGACCUUU